UACCACCCGUGUGCUUCAUUAACGUCACUCUCUCUCCUUGAAAACAACAAUUCCCUCUCUCUCUCUCUCCCCCCAUUUUCCCAUUUUUCCAAAUUUUUCUAAUUUUUCCUUUUUUAUUUAUAUCCCAAAUGAUCCAUUUCAAAACCAUAAUCUAAUUUUCUCUGAAACCCAUUUCCCCAAUUCCAAUCCCAAUCCCAAUCCCUCAUGGCCAUCUUCUUCCUCUUCCUCCUGGCCUCCGUUUUCCUCCUCCUCCUCCUCCGCCGGCCGGCCAGAUUCCGGCGCCUCCGCCUCCCGCCGGGGACUCUCGGCCUCCCCCUCGUCGGCGAGACCCUCCAGCUGAUCUCCGCCUACAAGUCGGAGAACCCGGAGCCGUUCAUCGACGACCGGGUGCGCCGGUUCGGCCCGGUCUUCACGACCCACCUCUUCGGCGAGCCGACGGUUUUCUCGGCCGAUCUGGACACGAACCGGUUCAUUCUCCAGAACGAGGAGAAGCUUUUCGAGUGCAGCUACCCCGGUUCGAUCUCCAAUCUGCUCGGCAAACAUUCUCUCCUCCUCAUGAAAGGAACCCUCCAUAAGAAAAUGCACUCCCUCACCAUGAGCUUCGCCAACUCAUCGAUCAUCCGCGAUCAUCUCCUGGUCGACGUGGACCGCUUGAUCCGGCUCAAUCUUGACUCCUGGACCGGCCGGAUCCUCCUCAUGGAGGAAGCCAAAAAGAUAACGUUUGAGUUAGCCGUGAAGCAACUGAUGAGUUUUGAUCGGUGCGAAUGGACUCAGAAUCUGAUGAAGGAAUAUCUUCUCGUUAUUGAAGGUUUUUUUACCGUCCCUCUGCCCCUCUUCUCCGCCACUUACCGUCGGGCCAUUCAGGCCCGGAGGAAGGUGGCGGAGGAAUUGGGGAUGGUGGUGCGGCGGCGGAGGAAAGAGAGCGACGCCGGAGAGAGAAAAAAGGACAUGCUCGGAGCUCUGCUCGCCGGAGAAGAAGCGCUCUCCGACGACCAAAUUGUGGAUUUUUUAUUGGCGCUUCUGGUGGCCGGAUAUGAAACGACGUCGACGACGAUGACGCUCGCCGUUAAGUUUCUGACGGAGACGCCGCGCGCUCUCGCCCAACUACAGGAAGAGCAUGAGCAAAUCAAAGCAAGGAAGAAGGAAUCAGACCAACAACACCUACAAUGGAAUGAUUACAAGUCCAUGCCUUUCACUCAAUGUGUUGUGAAUGAAACAUUAAGAGUUGCCAACAUAAUCAGUGGGGUUUUUAGGAGGGCAAUGACAGACAUUAACAUCAAAGGUUAUACAAUUCCAAAGGGAUGGAAGGUUUUUGCAUCAUUUCGUGCAGUACAUUUAGACCAUGACCAUUUCAAAGAUGCUCGUUCCUUUAACCCAUGGAGAUGGCAGCAGAAUGGCUCAGGAUCAACGGUCAAUGCAUUUACACCGUUUGGUGGGGGUCCAAGGUUAUGUCCUGGUUACGAGCUUGCCAGAGUAGAACUCUCUGUUUUCCUUCACCACAUUGUCACACAAUUCAGCUGGGUUCCGGCAGAAGAUGAUAAGUUGGUAUUUUUCCCUACAACAAGAACGCAGAAGCGCUAUCCUAUCGUCGUGAAGCGUAAGAACGAGAAUAGGCAGUGUAAAGACAGUCGGUCAUUGUGACACAUGAAGGGAGAAGUAUCGGGGUUCGAUAUGUAGAGGGGAGUUGUAAUCUUUCUCUUGAUCUUGUAUGAAUAAGAUUAUAUGCUAAAUUAAUGAGUUUUAGUACACAGAAUAUGCAGCUA